AAAAUGCUUGCAUUGUGAUACAUCCGUCUAAUAGUGGAGGCUUCCGAGUCCAUAGAAUCACCCUUACACCCUCGUUCUUCAAAGCGGAAAAAUAUCGAUCGUACGAACACCUGUUCGCGGUACAAUGGGGGAGCGCACCUGCCCAUACUACCACCACAAUCCACCGCGCCGCCGGCCGCGCGAACGUGCGCUGACCGCCUCCACGUCACGUAUCGAUCCGCUGACCACCACGCACUGGCAGGUUAUACCACCAUUACCGCUGCCCAGCAAAUCUGUUCUAAAUUCAAAAGUUCUAACGGUUUGUUCUGAUUUCAAAAACGUUGCGAUGCGUCAGAAGUGAUUUUUCCACCGGUAUUUACGAAGUGCAACCAGUUCACGCGGUUUAAUUUCCAAAAAUAGUUUUUAAUUUCAACGCAAGCACUUUAGAAUCCAAUUUUAUUAAGACACAUUAAUGAAUUUGGUGCCGCAGCAGUUGUUUUUGUAUUUCCUAAUAUUACGCGCCGUCAUAAAAGCUAACAUUGAAAAGAAUUACUUAUUAAUGUCGUCAAUGAUUCAUCGACAAUGACUCAUCGGUUUUUGCUGUUCCAGUGAUGUGAAGCGACCAUGCACAUAACCUCGGGUCUGUCGCCGGCGUCGGGCGAGAUGCUGGACACUUCUGUCCUGCAACUGUACGGGGAGGCCGGGGACCAAUGCGGCUACUUCUCCGUCGACCACUCCGUCCCCGAGUCCUCGCACACCGUGGAGAUAGAAUACGUUUACGAACAACCAGAAACCUACGCGCAAAAUGUGGAUUUAGAACCAGUAAAAGAAGAAGUACAAACAAAGAAUGCGAGGAAACCGGAGAAAAUAGUAGUUGAUGAUGAACAGGAAACAGAUUUGACUAAUCUGACAUGGCUGCAGAAUAUUACGAAUAUCAUGGCGAUUCCACAGUUCCCAAUACCGCCUGUGUCUCCGAGUCCUCCAAUUAAGACACCUCAGACCACGAGACUACAGAAGUUUAACCAGACUAUAGCAAAGUGUCAAAGAGAUUUUAUGGAAAACAGGGAGGAAUAUCAGAGCAAUAGCGAGAAGAAACCGCCGUAUUCGUACAGUACGCUCAUUUGCAUGGCCAUGCGGUACAAUGAUGAUAAGAUGACGCUGUCUGCCAUAUACUCGUGGAUAAAGGAGAAUUUUAAAUAUUAUAGGAAUGCUGAUCCCACUUGGCAGAACUCAAUAAGGCACAACCUGUCACUAAACAAAGUAUUCGUCAAAGUCGCCCGUUCGAAACAGGAGCCCGGGAAAGGCGGCUUUUGGAAACUAGACCUGGGACACCUCAAGGGGACCCAGCGUAUCUCCAACAGGUCACAUAAGAAGAAGAAGGCGGACAGUAUCAAUACAGAAACAAAUGAAGACCGGACAGCUGUCGCGAACAUACCACAAGUAGUUCAAGGGAUAGCGACCGAUAUGGGAAAUGCUGUGAGCUUACAUUUGCCUGAGUUUAUUAGUCUACCGUUGCCUGAAAUAACGUUGGACAGUCAUGUCGGAGCGAAUGUGAUCGUGGAACCAGUGGCGCCUCCACCGUUGAUACAGGAAGACGAUUUGAGCUCUCUGCUCCUCAAUCCGAUGGAUUGGAACGAUUUGCAAUUGGACAUGCUGGACAACUAUCUCGACUCUUGCUUCAAGUAAAGGUAAGGUAAUACUGAUGGGAAAACAAGGGUCUUUCGAGAUUUCACUUAGUCUGCGCUCCAUGGUGGUAAUUACGCAAAACGGAGCUAAGAAAUUACAAAGAAAACCAGCUCUCUUUUGGAUGACAGAUGGAACAACAGUAUUAUUUAAAUUAUGGUUAUAGAAUCAACGAAACCAUUUCUUAAACAACGUUUUCGCGAUUAACUACUAUGAUAUAUAGGUAGUAAUAAUAGGAAAAAAACAAUUAAUGUGAUUUCUGUGGGAUUUGAUGUUUGUGCCUUCGAGUUGCUUAUGUAGAUCUUCAGUGUUAACUUGUCAAGUCGCGGAGGCUUUACCAGAUGGGAGGUGAACCAUCUUUUUAAGUUUCACUGAAAUAGUUAGCCACCCAUCGAAAUAGGUGACCCACAGUUUUAUAGUAUGGCUGCCAUCAGUUUUGACAUUGACAUAUUAGCUCGCGUCUACGUAAAUUACUUUCUAUACAUCUCGCUUGCUAUGCGAGUACGAGCGAGAUGCAUAGAAAGUAAGUUACUUAGACGUUAGGGAAUACGUCAAAGUUAAAACUGGUGGUAGUGGUAAAGGGUGUUGGUUUUUAUGCUUUAACGAGGCAGUAAAUGUGAAUACAUAUGUCCCAAUUUAUACUAGUACUUUACAUGGUAUCGAAGUAGAUUAAGGUCUUCUAGUCAGAGACAAAGAAAUAAAGCGAAAUAGUAGUAGAUGUAUAAUCAUAGGGUAGAGAGAGACGUUUGUAUUUAGGCGAUAUAAUGAGAUAUCAUACUCUCUUCUGUUUUUUAUUGUCCUUAAAAUGUGUGUUAAUGUAAUAAUUAAAUUUUCUGUUAAUGUAAAAAAGGUUGUUUACGCUUGUAAAAAUGCAAUAAAGCACAAAAAAUAGUUUUACGCAAACUUUUAGAAAUAGGUGUAACUUUUAAGCUCAAAUGAUGCAUAAUGCCGUCCAAUAAUAAUAAAGUAUAACAGUUAUUUAAUUGUGACUAUUGCAAUACAAAGUAUUAGUAUGCUCAAAGGUCUGUAACGAAACGCUCAGUAUUUUCAAACAUGGGUAUAAUAUUUUCAUUAAUUAUGUUACGAAACUAGGUUAUGAAUAUACUUAUUAGAACAACGUUUUAAACUUUUUGCUAUACAUGCCUCAAUAAUUUUGUAAACAAAAUGAAUAGGCACAGUUCUCUGAAGAACUAAUAUGUACAGUCAGCCAAGAAAGUGGUCUACCACUUUUCGACUCUCUCAUCUGAUUGAUAGAGUCGUAAAGUGGUAGAUCACUUUCUAGGCUGACCGUACCAUGUCUGAGAUUUGAACAAUCGGCAUUAAAUUAACCAUUAUCAGACACAGAUGCGAGUUAUUUCAGGUGUUUAGGGUAUAGAUAGUCAACUGUUGAACACAUCCGUGUAAAAUUUUCGUAGGAACUUCCGUGUUAAACAGAUUAUAAAAAAUAUGAUACCAACAUUAUAUAUCGGUAGGUACCAGUGUGCAAAGUGCAUGGUGAUUUUAUCAAUAAAUCCAUUUAUAAUUUCUCAAUGCAAUUUCGCAGCUCCACUGUACCCAUACCUAGGUACCAACCAGAACCACUUAACAGCACAGCAAAACAGUAACUGGGUGCUUUUCUAGUACCUAAAAAUUGGUUAGUUUUGGGAUUCAUUUUUUUUAGUAUACAAUUUUUCUUUGUAUUUUACUUAAUAACCAUCUCAGUUUAGUAGUGGACAAGUAAUAUUAUAUCGGUAUCAUAUUGUCAAAUUGAUUACGCGGCAUUUUAAUUAAGGCCAAAAUUACUAGCACCAGCAUCCUCAAUUUUGGUACCUAAUGCCUCGUUUAUCUCACAUUGCUCACUCGCUACGUCGUAGAGCCUACGGCGUAGAAGGAGUGGGAUGCUACGGGUUUUAUUGAGUAAACUCAUUAAAUCUGUUUACUACAGCCUCCGACUUCCUACGUCAUCUAUUCGUUAUUAUGAUCCCCUUUCGGUACGCUUUAAGCCCUUAGGAAGAAGGGUUGCCAAGUGUCAUACGUAUUUAGUAUCUUUAACCUGACAAACGGAAAAAUCAAGAAUAAAACAACUGUAGCCACCAAUCGCUUAUUUUGGUAUUACCUAUAUUAUAACAGUUUCUGUUAAAAAUAAAGGUAGAAUGUGAAUUGCUAUUUUCUGAAAAUAUAACAAUUACUUACCUACCUUAUUGUACUCUGAAAAUUUAGUAGUGUUAAAGACAAAAUAAAUCUGGUUAUGUUUACGUAUUUUAUAAAUUACAGGCGGGGUCUUAUUUUAAGAAAUGUUUGUUCGCAAAAUAGCCCAUUUGUCAAUCGUUUUAUAAGAAGCUAUGAGCAUUCGUAGGUUUUGAUUUUUGAGUUAAAAAUUAUGGCAAUAUUUGCGACAAUUUACCGCUCAGUAUUAUGAUGUACAAUUUAAACUAGAUAUUAGAUAUAAGAUGUAAUAAUUAGUAUUAAAAAGGUAAAAGGUAAUGUCUCUACACUUACUCUUAAUUGGCCGUGAGUUCUCGAAAAUGGAAAUUACAUAGUCCUCCUCAUCGUUUUCGACGACGGCGGAUGUUGCCUCCCUGUCACACUUACAUCACGAAUUUACAAGUGCGACAGAAAGGCAAUACGUCGAACGCGGCUCGCCCGGUCCGGUCACAUGUGGCUUAUUGCGACAUCGUUACCAAUUCAGCUACGAUUAUCAUAUCAUUAGCAUGAAUAACACAUCGGCCAUAUUUAAGAGAUAAGUGGAGGGAACGGGGUAAUUACGCCUAUCAGGAAUCCGUCCAGUAUUAUAAGACGCAAUAUGCGUAUAUAGCUUGCUCAGCACUAUGUAUACAGUCUCACAUAUUAAAUUUAUUUACAAAUGUAUUUUAAAAUAAGUAUAAGCAGCAAUAUUUUAAUUAGAUUUUGUCUUCAAUUUGCAAUAUGAUUUUAGGAUCUUAAGAUAAUAAAAUGAUAAUAUUUCAAAGAAAAUUAUGAUUGUAUGUUUAUUUUAUUUAGUAAGAGUUGUUGUGCUCAAAUAAAAUUUCAAUUGAUGUAUAUUGCUAUUGUCGUGAAUUCAUGAAAGAAACACAGACAAAAGAAAAAAAGGUUCCAAAGGGAUCUAAGAAAAUUUAGGGCGAGCAUCCACCAGAGAUGAGACGAGUGAAUCGAGUAAUAAGAGCGCUAAGAGCACGUUUGGUUUUAGUACUUUUGGUGGAUGAUGUCCCUAAUAAAAUAUGACACGUUAUAUUUCUUACAUUUUUGGUUAAGAUUUAUUGUAGGUACACAAGACAUCAAAUGUGAAAAACCAUUGACGUAUAAGUAAUAUCGAAUUAGGACGGGCCUUACGGGCACUAAAAAUGGUACUAAAUCAGCGGUGACACUCACGAAUUCGAACCAAUCGUGCAGUCUAACGCAUUUAGUUGCGUUGCGACCAAUCGCGCGCGUGAAGCGAACUCAUCAACCAAUUGCGUUGUAGCGGUGUCACACCGCUGUACCUACUUGCCCCAUGCCCCAUUCUUAUUGCCUGUAAGGUCAGUCCUUACAUAUUAUACGUCAAUGUGAAAACCCUACUGCAGCACACGUUACAGAUCUGAUGUCCGUGGAAAUUAUGAACUAUUUAGCGCCGACAUAUUAUGCGCCGCAGUGGUGUAAGGUCACGUAUGUACCUACGGACCUACGGUAAUGCGGGGGGGGGGGGGGAAGAGUAUUCUUUGUAUAUACGUGCGUGCCAAGAGUGCUGUAGUUGGUUUCCGCUUUAGGUAGCUGUCCGACCGGCGGCGUGUAAUCGACUAAUUCAGAUAUUUUGUGGCACGUGUAGGUAGACGUCCAGGAUCCACGUGAAUUGGUCGCUUUUGUGACAGAAAACAGUCAACAAAAGUCGCUCGUGCUAAUAGCUGAUCGGCGCAAGUUGGACAGCUGCCUUUGUAGUCUGGUUAAAAAAAAUGGCGGCAAAAUAUAACAUAGGAAAUACAGCCACACACUACACAAGCCAGAUUCUUUGUACACUUAAUUUAUGUACCUGCGAGAUAGUCUAGGUACCAAUACCAAUGUGCAGUUAAUUUUGUAGCUGUAAUUAGAUGCCAGUUUUUAUUACAUCUAUUUUAAACAUUGUAAAUCAAUAAUAAAAUAUACCUACAUAUUUAACUUAGGUACCUACACCUUUCCGUCCAUAUGUGUGUUCUUGCACUUAUAAUGUAGAUUUUUGUGCCUAUACCUAGUUAUUAUGUAUUACAUACUUGAAUGUAAGUUUUGCAUGUUAAUAGUUUAGUAAGAGAUGAGUAAGGAAUGACAGGAUAUUGUGAAUUAGGUACUAAAGAUUUGGUCUAUUCAGUAUUAUGAUUGCUACCUAUUAUUUAAGAUAAAAAAAAAGUAUUUACAAGAUCGAAAACUUAGCUUGCUUGUGACUGCUCUUUAUAAACAAUGAUUUCAAAAGUAGACAUUUGCCUGUUCAUAUAAUUCCGAGCGCGCAUGUGCACUGAAUAUGUGCACAAAUGAGAUUCGCGCACCAACUAACUGGCUCACUUUGUAGUGCCCGUAAGGCCCGUCUUUACGAUGUAAUAUUUAAGUCAAUGUUUAUAAAUUAUAAAUCUCAUGAUAAAUCUUUUAAAAAAGAAGGUAAAAACUUUUUAUUUGAGAAAUUCAUACUCCACAUUUAUACUUUAAAAAUAAGCUCUAAAACUUGUGGAUUAAUGGGCUUAAACCAACUUUAUUUUAAAUACCUACAUAUGUAACAAAAUAGGUUUGUAGGUGCAGUUAUAUGCAAAAAUAUGUACUUUACAGAUAGUAACAAAAAUAUCUUGACACAAGACUCUAUUGCCAUUGAAAUAGAUCAUAUUUUUGAGUAGAUUGUUUUGCUGUUGGCUAAUCUUGCAUAACUGGAUUAACUGGAUAAAAAGCAGAAUUUUAUACGUAGAGAUAAUUUGUAUCUAGUCAUUGGGAUAUGAAUAAUUUGUUUUACUAAGUAUGUGUUUUAGUAUAGUAAUAAUUCUUAGAUGUCUUAGUGAAUUGUCAAACAAUAAAAAUAUUUUAUAUAGCUGACAUGGCAUGUCAUCAAGACCUGGCGCCCGUUUCUCAAAAGUUUGUAACUUGUAAUACAAGUGGAAGUCCCUUUCUAACAAAAGCUGUCAAAAACUGACUUCCGCUUGUAAGUUACAAGCUUUUGAGAAACGGGCCUCUGGGGUCUGGGGGUUUCUCACAAUUGGUCUCAAGUUUUUAACUGAUGUUUCAGAUAAAUUGGCGAUCACUGGUCUUAGAUAUUGUAAUACUUUUGUAGUUGGAUGUCUUACCUGAGAUUUGAAAUGGUUGUUUUGAAAUUUUGGCUCAAAAGGUCAUGUAAUAUCAAAUAUUUCAUGUUAGAAGUGUCCUUAAUACUUCAAAAUAAAGUUUCAAAACGUA